CGAGUCGCGACUCGGGAUCAAUGAUUUGGGCUGGAAACCCAGAAGAGCCGUAUAGCCAGAAACACGCGUCAAAUGAUUGUUCUUGCGAUGAUUUCUGCACGAGAGAAUGGACGCGACCGUAACGAAAAACCCUGCGGCUUCAACCCCUGAAAUUGGUACACAUGACCAAACCUUCUCAAAAACCUUCCUGGGUGAAGAUGGAAAUGAGACGUCUCCGCAAUUCGAAGAUGGACUGAUUCCCUCGGAGCAUCAGCAAAGCAGGAUAUCCGAGCCAGUACUCGAUGCUGCCCUCACCAACGCCCAAUCCUUUGUAGAGAGCUCUUCGAGCCACAACCUACUGAGUAUCCUUCAGCGGCCAACCUUUCUUGAAUCUCCUGCUGCCCGGUGGACCGCACCUCCACAAUGGCUACAGUUCCAAAUGCUGAGAAGUUUCGACGAAGGGUUGAUGGUAAGCGAAACACAGCAUCCUCAAGGCCUACCUCACCCGUAUCCCGAACCAAUAACAUCGAUAUACGUUGAAGAAGUCCAAAAUCAGGUCCAAAUCAAUCUCCAAGGCUUGUUGCAAAGUCGCCAAGAUGAUUCGGCAGCCACCGCUGCCGCCCGGUGGCAGAUCCCUGAGAGUUGGGCUCAAUCAUCAAUGGGCGAUUCGUUUCCUAUUCGACCUCCUAUUGCUCUUGGGCCUGACCAAGAUUUCGACGGGUUGAUCCUUGCCGAUAGAAGGACUGGUGACCCAUUUUCGACGCCUGCGGUAAACUGCAGUUUCGGGUUGAUGCAGCAAGUUGGUUACGGCCGACCCCUAGGAUAAUUACAGAGUGGCAACCUUGGUUUGCAAAACCUCUUCAAGAGGCUUUGCCUGACUUUCCAGUCCAGACGUUGUUGCACUUCAGCUCGUCGCAAUCUGCAAAGCUCACUUGCAUCAUGGAGCAUAUAAAUACACGAAGGGAGUCGCAAGAAAGGUUCGAAAAUGAGAGAGAGAUUGAUAUGGGAACAGCCAAAGCUCACUGCUUACCCCUCGGUAUGGAGAUCUCUCUAAGUCAGACAGCAUCAAC